GUUCGGCACUUACGAAACAGAACUAAACAGGCGAAACAGGCGACACACCCUAUUCCACCGAAAAAGCCGCAACGAUCAAGGUUGCUUCUUUGAGGACCGCUGACGCAUAUUGGACUGGGGAUCCUGGGCUCGGACUACAUGAUUAGGCUGCCAGCAUGGGCGAAGCAGGAACCUCGAAGAUUCCAGCCGAAUUGAUAUCGAAGCUCUCGGCAGAUCCAGGGACUCCAGUACCUGACCCCACCGUAUCGUUCUGGCAGGAGCCGGUCUUGCCAUUUGCAGACCAGCAAUCUCCUACUCUAGCAGAGAGUGCUGAUGUGGUGAUUUUGGGUUCCGGCAUCACUGCUAUCAGCACUGCGCAGCAUCUCCUGCGUCUUGAUGCGUCGUUGAAGAUUGUGAUUCUGGAGGCUAGGAGGGUCCUCUCUGGUGCUACGGGGCGAAAUGGCGGACAUAUCAAGGCUGUUCCCGUCGCAGAUUAUAUGCAGUUGAAGAAGCAGUUGGGUAGGGAGAGUGCAAUGAAAAUCACACGGUUCAGGCUGGCUCACUUGGAUGCGUUUGUCAAGGAAGCUGAAUUACUUGGCGAGGCGGGCGAGGCGGGAUUGGUGAGGCGAGUUGAAGCCUGCAGUGGCUAUUACGACAAAGCUGCCUGGGAAACUGCAAAGUCUAAUCGAGAAGGAUGGCUUCAAGAUUUCCCAGAAGAACGUGAGCGAUGGACCAUUCAUGAGCAAGAUUCAGAGUUGAAGGAAAUGGGUUUAGUCAAUGCCUAUGGCGCUCUUCGUGGACCGGCUGGGGCAGCAUGGCCAUAUCGGUUUGUUGGCGCAGUUCUAUCCCAGUUGUUAGCGACUGGACAAGUGAUGCUCGAAACUCAUACCCCAGCGACAGGCGUCAGGCGCACCACCACAGCAUCUCACCCAUAUCAGGUGGAAACCCGGCGAGGAAUCAUCUCGACCAAGCAUGUCGUUCAUUGCACCAACGCAUUUGCGGCGCAUCUACUUCCCGCUCUUCGUGGCAAGCUAUACCCAUUGCGUGGGCAGAUGACUGUCCAGUCAGUUCCUGAUGACUUCCCUCGCUCUGGGGCAAAGAGAUCUUGGAGCACCAUAUGGGCACGAGGGUUUGACUAUAUCACUCAGUCGCCGGGACCUGACGGAUCCCUGUAUCUUGGAGGAGGUCUCUUGCAAGGCGGAUGGGAGAGGGAUCGAGACAUUGGAAACACGGACGAUAGCCAACUUAGCGCCCAAUGUCUCGAACACCUCGAACAGGUACCUGGAAAGGCAUUCUUGCAUGGUCAAGGGGCGCAGAUAGACAAGAAGUGGACAGGCAUCAUGGGAUUCACAGGCGACGAUCUGCCAUUUGUCGAUCGACUCGCCAGUCAUGUAUCGGGUCGUGAAGAGUGCGAGGCAGGUAGCGGAGGCGAAUGGAUUGCUGCUGGGUUCAAUGGAUAUGGUAUGGUGCAUUCGUGGCUCAGUGGAAAGGCGCUCGCCAGCAUGAUUCAAGGACGUGAGGACGAGAUCUUGGAUUGGUUUCCGCGGGAGGAAUUCGCCUGCACGGAGAAGAGACUGCAAGGCAUGACGCCAGAGGGUGCCUUGUCUCGGUGGUGAGCUUAGAAUCGAUAGUCAGGUGGCUAUAGUAUGUAUAGGACAAGCAACAGUCGGAGCGUCUCACC